UACAUCAUGGUGCUAUACACAUGAAAUUUUGCUACAUGGAAAAAUCAUCAGUUAUAGUUGUCCUUCCUCAAGCCUCCUCUUGUUUCUGUGCAAAAGUUUUAAACCUCUUUAGUAGCAUUCCAUUAGCAGUGAGCCUCUUCCUGUAUCUGUGGGCGGGUGUGGUUAUGAAUAAUCACAUUUCUGUGCUCGUGAACCUGUUCGCCUGUGACCUUCCCAAAGAUGAGGCAAAUCUAGAAUGACGUUCUUGCUUAUAAGGUUGGAGGAGGUGAUGGAGUAGGUCAUUUUUAACUGGGUGGGUGCUUGUUUGCUGAACCAUGCUUGAUCAGGUGGUCUUUGUAGCUGCUGUCACACUGCUUGGUCUACUAGAACAAGCAUACUUCUCUCUGCAGGUUAUCUAUGCUCGCCGCAAGUUCUCCAUCUCUCCUCCGGCCACCACGGGACACCCAGAGUUUGAGAGGAUUUUCAGAGCACAAGCGAACUGUUCAGAAUACUUCCCCUUGUUUAUCAUUUCACUUUGGUUGGCUGCACUUUUCUUCGGCCAAGUGCUGUCUGCUUUCUUGGGCCUCCUAUAUCUCUUUGGACGAUAUCGGUACUUCCAUGGAUAUGCACAGUCUGCAACAGGAAGACUGGCACCUCUGUAUUUCACUGCCAAGGUGCAGUGGGUGCUGAUUAUUGUGGCAGCAGUGGGCGUGCUCUGCUAUCUGAGUCGGCUGUACCUAGGGCUGGACCCGCUCACUGCUCUGAGUCAGCUCAAAUAAACUCUGCAUACAGCAUUGAUGCUAAUGAAUACCAAGCCACAGCGUUUUCAGUUUUCUGAAUAGGUUCAUGGAGUAGUUUUAUUAAACUUUUAUUUUGUCAGUGGCAGGUGAGAAGCCUUCAUGCAAACGUGUCUCAAGCACUCUGGAAUUAAAGGUGUAUGUUUAUUCUGGCUGUUUUUUAUAUACGAGAAUAAAGGAUUAAAGAUUUAAUUCAUUUAUCAAAUCAGAAUAUUGGGCUUAGUAAAAUAUGAGGGUUUUGCAAGCGUUUGAGUUCACUAAGCAAGUGUCACUGUUAUGGAAAUAUGAGCAUUUUAGAUAUUCAGUUAAAUGAUCUGUAUUUCAUUUUAUGCAAAGCCAAUUAAACAUUAAACAUUGUGUUGUUCUUUGGUGCCCUUCA